CUUGAGUUUGUGCUAUCAAAUCCUUUAGAUUGCUCCAUAUAGAUCUCUCGAUCAAGCUCCUCGUGUAAGAAAGCAUUCUCCACGUUCACAUAUAGCUGUCACAUUCUCCAAGAUUUACUGGCUGCAAGUGCUAAGAGAACACAUACAAUUGUGAUUGGCAACUAAACUAAACAUUUCAUCAUAAUCCAAACCAUAUUGUUGAGAAAAUCCGUGGGCCACCAAUCAAGUCUUGAAAUGCUCAAUUGAUCCAUCUAACUUGGUAUUUGGUUUUUAAACCCAUUUGUAGGAAAUGGGUUUAAUAUCUCUAGUCUUUGGUACGAGCUCCCAUGUUUGAUUCUUCUCGAUAGGUUGAAUCUCUUCUUCCAUAACUUUUAUCCAUUCAUCAUGUAUUUUGCUUCUUUGUAAGACGUUGCUUCUUUAACACCAAUAUCUUAUAUUACAGCUACAUUGGCAAAUAUUGGAUUUGUCUUUCUAGCUCUUUUUGACCUUUUGAGCUCUUGUGGAUGAUCAACUAUAUCCUCCAGUUGACUAAAUCGUUCUUCUUCUAUGAGUGAGAUUGAGAUUGAGCUCCUGCAUAACCUUCUCCUUGUUCAUUCUAUGCACGUUUCACUUCUUCUUCACUAGACCUCUCUAGCAGCCUUUCCUCCAUCUCCUUUGAGUAUGGAAGUAGGAUUAUUUAUGGUGACCACCAAGAGGAUGAUUCAUUAAACACCCCAUUGAGUGACACAUAACAUUUGUAUAUCGUCUGUUGUUGGAUAAAAACAUCUCCAUCCUUUUGGUUGGUCGUCAUAGCCCAGAAAAAUGCACCUGGAUACUUUUUGUCAAACUUGCAUCGAUCAUGGUCUGAAAAUCCCAUCAAGCGGUCAAACUUGCAUAGACCAACUUGAGUAGUUGGUCUUGUGUAACUUCUCUAUAGCGUUAACCGAAAAACCCUCCAUCUUCUUACUUGGUAACUUCUCUGAAUUCUCUAUUUCGGUAUUACUGAAAUAAGUGCAGCCUAUGACCGCCUGAUGGGGAUAUCGUCACUACGGACUCUCGGUUGAACCAGUUCUGAUAACAAAGCAUAAGAAACCCUUUAUGAUGUGGAAUAUUUGUCUAUGCUGCAACCACAAAGCAUAUGGGGAAUAACGUUGGCUCUGAUACUUCUUGUAGGAAAAAAAUAAGAUCGAAAUGUUCAACUAUCUUAUUUCUUUUCCAUCCCGCAACUCACUUGUUGAUUGAGUUGAUAUUAUCUUAUUAACCGCCACAUCACCAAUUUUUUUCCAGUUCAGCGGUGUAGUCGCAAGCUCAGUAUUAACUAAUGAAAUUUCAGUAAAGACUUAACAGUUGACUAAUUUUUUUGUAUUCCGAAAAGUUUUGCUAAAAUUUGUAAAUCCUUGAAAAUUUUGGUUAUUAAAUUGUGUAAUUGUGGAGUCACGCUAGAAGGGAGUUAUGAAGUCGAUAUGCACCAACUACUCAAAGAGAUAGAGUCAUAUGCAAUUAGAGAUCCGGUGCUUAAUGACAGUCAUCGGAUGAUCGCUGCCCAAUAUGGCAAGAAAAACCAUUUCUCUAUCUAAUUUAGAGUUGCUAAUCUAUCAUUUGAUUUAUGUAAUUUUGUGGCAAAAGAUUUAUAAGGUAGAGAGUUUUUUCUUGUAUUCUAUUUUCAAAUCUCAGAUUAAAAAGAAAAUUGUGUAAUGGAAGUCAUUUUUCGCUACGCAACUGGUGGGAAGAAGACAGCGGGAGGGUCAAUCUUCUUCACUCAGCUUCAUCUCAAAAACGAAAAAUUCUACAAUGGCCGUCUCCUUUGCUUGUCAUGUAAAACACCUCGCCCUAACCUUCACAUCUUUCGCUUCCGUAUUAAUGAACCGCUAAUCAACAAGAAAGACAAGGGCAAUCAAGGGCAAGAGAACAAGGAAAAGGAAGGAAACCCCUUCAUAGUCAGUCCUCUUUAUUUGGUAUCAACUUCCCCCGCCCGCUGAUCUGCCGGCCAGGGCUGACCUCUGCAACCAGAAUUUCAUCUCAGCCUCGGCAAACUCAGUUGGGUUCCUGAUCUUCCAAGGCAAGUUAUAGCUACUUUCCUUUUGCCCUUCUUCGCUUAGCACUCAAAAAGGCUUUUCCUUUGGAUGGUUGGAAAGGCUGUAUGUGUGUUUUCGUGGGUGAUUUUGGAGGAAUUAUCUUUGUAGCUCCCAGUUCAUAAGCUAGUCAAUCCUUGUGGCGUUGUAGUUUAGGAAGGAGAUCGAGUUUAUUAAGGGAACCUAUUCGCUGCUAUUAUCUUUCUUUUCGAAGCGAUGAUGAGCUUUUGCUAUUGGUGGGCUCUGGCAAAAGACCUGUUUUUGGAUACUACUGGCUUUGGGCUGUCAAUUGUAGUGGCCUAUUGUAUCUAUGGGGACGGAGAUGGGUCGUAGCAGUCCCGGAGCUUAUGGAUCUUUUAUGCGCAUGAACUGCUGAUUUUGUUUAAGGAAGUUGCCAAAAGAAACGAUUCUGCAGCUUCAUGGUCUAUCAACUCACAGCAUUGUGUUAGUCCUAUGGUAACCAUGAUCAGAUGGGGAAGUUGUGGCGGGAAGAGGGAUUUUUAUACUUUGUUUAAGUUUAUUGAGUUAGAUUAAGAGACUUCCCCACAAUUCCUUUACCGAAAUUCAAUUCCUAUUUCCUCCUUAGCAUUCAUGUUGAAUACUUGGAUACUAUAUUGAAUGCCAGUAACUGAUUCCAUGAUAGUGUGAUCAUUGUCACUGCGUUGAGGGUGUAGAAAUUGAAGACUGACUCACUCCUCUUUCUUCAGAUUCUUUUUGUGGGUUUCAUGCUGGCUGAAGGAGGCUCGACUGAACCACUCAUGGAUAGAAGUAAAGGUCCCCUCUUUUGCAAUUUACUUCUUCGUUAUGAUAUAAUUCCAUAUAUGUUGCUCUUGUAAACGGUCCUGCAUAGUCAUAUUCACUUCUUUUCCUGCACCAAAUUGCUUGCUUGUUCUAGGUGAGCGAGGGGAGAGAUAAGCGAGUUCUGAUAUAGUUAGCGUUAGUGGUGAUAUGGCAUUAGUGAAAGCAGGAAAAACUGUUAAUACCAGGAUGAUUAGAUUGUGCUUUACGAGGUUUAACCCUCAUUUCUUGUUUCGUUGGAUCCACCUAUCUCUGGUCCCUUGAUAUUGAAAAGCUCUCAUUCACCAUGGGCUACACUUCUUUGGUGCUGCAGAUGCAAGCUUUGAGGAGAAGGAAAGUUUAAGGAAUGGACUUGAGUUGGUGAAACCUGCCACGGAUAAACAUAUGGAUCUUCUGAGACCAACAGCUAGAAACCUUUCAGUAUUCAGAGGUAUGCAUCUCUUUUGUUCUUCGCUUUCUUAUGUUCCUCUGUUAUCGCAUUAACUCGAGUUCUUGAACGAAGUCCAAAAUUGAUCUUAUCUCAUUUUCUUACAUGCCUCUGCUAACCUGUCUUGGGUUUCUAACGCAAAGAGGAAGUAGGAACUAUAGGGUUCUGUUUAACUUGGUUGCUGAAAUUUAUGGAAAAGAAAAGAAAAGUAGUGUUUGAGAGGCUGCAUCUUCAAUAUAAGAGCAAGACUUCAAAUGGGAAUCUACUCUAAGAAAACAAGUCAGAUACU